AUGGAGGCAGACACACACUUCAUUUUCCAGUACUCCACUCGCGAGGGCCACUCGUGGCUAAAGCGGGAUGUGAUGUCCCGCAACUACUCGCUCAUCACCCCUGCGUACGGCUGCGGCCUUGUCAAUGCCGUACUUAGCGCCUUGGAAGAUGCCGCCGCUCACGCGCCCGUGGAGAUCGACGCAACGGUGAAGAUCCAAGCGGCGUUUCGAAUGUAUCAGCAGCGAAAGGCGUUCUUGAUGUUGCGGCAGCAUGCCUGCCUAAUUCAGCGUGUGUAUCGCGGCUACGCAACGCGUAAGCGCCUCGACGGUGAGCGGGCGACAGUGAGGCGGAUGGCCUACCUACAAACGGUUUUUGACAUGUUUGCUACACGGAUUCAGGCAUGUUACCGUGGCUACCAGAGUCGCAAAACAAGGUCAAACUACUACGCACAGCAAGCGUACCUGAAUGUAGUAACUGCACGCUCGUCAGAGGUACUUGUACAGGCACUCAGCACUCAAGCAGAGCAGGACGCCUUGCGCAACGCGGAGGCAAAGCGCGUGCACAACCUUUCCUAUGCCCGCCGCACGGCCCACAUGCACUACAUGGUGUCGACCUGUAGUGUUCCCAGUGUGUACCAACUUUCUCCGGCGUCAUCGACGGCAAAACAGUCAACGCAGAACACUUCGAAGACUUGCAAGGCGGUACGCAGCCACGGUGGGGAGUGUGGCGUGGUGAGCCCGGUACCACCCGCCGUGAAGUCGGCCGGGGAAGGAUCGGACGACUGCGCCGCAGAUGAUGAGAAGCUGAUGACGCGGGCCGCCACCUACGUGUCCGGUCAAAAGCUGGAGGAGGACAUUCGGCACCACGCCCGUGCAGCACGUCUGGAGCGCAACGCUGUCAAGGCCAAGGCAAGCCACAGCCCAGGUGUCCUCACUGUUCCCGCAACGGCUUCAUCCCCGUCGCCCGAUAAGACGAUUGUCGCGGGGCCAGAGGCGGAGGGGGCCCCGAUGAGCGCGACAUCUCAGGUUUCAGGCCCACGAUUGCCAGCGUUGACGCCUUCGCAGUCUGCGCAGCGCAGUCGUCCGGUCAACUCUACCGCUCCAGCGGCGACAGUGACGGUGCCGUGGGAGGUCUCGUCAGCCCAUCCACCGCAGAAGCCGCUCACACCUCGAGCACCUCCUCUCACAGGUCCAUCUUUCAGCCAGACGGCGCCGCCUGCUACAUCUUCUCGCACAACUCGAACCCACCGAACGCCCCGAAAAGCGCAACAGGCUGCUGAGGAUGACAACUUUCACGCCACUGGAACGGCUGCCGUGCCAACUGCUGGGCCAGCUCCCUCCGCAGCCAGCAUCGACCCAUCGGUGUCACGCGCUGCCGUCUCGUCUUUCCACCGCCGCUUUGCCGUAAAGCGGCAUGACUGCCUAGAGCAUCAGCUGAGCAUCUCUAACGGAGUUGUGAGCGAUGGCAACAGCUCGCACGCCUUGAGUAGCGCUCUUUUGUCAGCAAAGGAGGAUGCGGCCGUACAGCGUAGCGUCGGCCACAAGGUCAUGCAGGCGCUGCACGGCGAUGUCAUAUUCAAGGUGUCCGCAAGGCAAGGCCUGCAAUAG